AUGACUGUAACAGAGAGCGGUCAGCUGCUGUUGCUGCUGGGCCAGGUCUGGGCCCUGGCCCCGGCACGGCGAUUGCUGUCCAGCAGCAUCCACAGAAAGGAGGGCAUGGGCUGCCUGUGGAAGUUGCUGACCUUCUUUGUUGUGCUCCACAGGGUGGCAGUCAGCAUGCUGAACGCCUAUCUGAAGUCGCAGAAGCAUCAUGAACUUCCCGAAUUUGUCCCUUACCCACAACUCUGCAUCUGGACCAAGCCCUUUCCAUGGGGAGAUGGAAACCAUACUCUGUUUCAUAACCAUCAUAUCAAUCCUCUCCCAACCAGUUAUGAGGAUGAGUAAAGAAAACUUGGACCAUACUAAUCAAGCACUGGGGGACCACAACAGCUGAUAGACCAUCCUUUCCUCCGUAUGUGGAUCAGAAAAUUAUAUGAGACCUUAAGCUAACUUCCAUUACACAGUAACAAAUAUGCUGACCUUUUAUCAUUUUGCUUGUGGUUGAGAAGCCUUAAAUAAAUUAUUCU